AGGAGAAAAUUUUAAAUUAUCAAAAAUUAUUCGCUGGAUUCUAGGGAUUAUGUUUUGAUCGAUCGAACAAGGAGCGAUUUUGUUUAUAAAAAGGUGCUUUCCAUGUAGAUAAAGUGUUAAAAGGCAUUUCAGAAAAUAAUAUCUUAAUUUGAAAACAAUCUGUGAAGUGUGACUUGUGCUGCUGUGUUGUCCACUUGUCCUGUUUGCAUGUUAAGUAGAUCCAAUGGAAGAGGAUGAUGCAAUUUCUGAUGAACAUAAAGAUGUUUCGACUGUUGUAAAGAAUAGGAAACUUAAAAGUAAACAUCAAACAACUAGCGAAUCAAGUGACUUAGAGAGUGACGGCGGUAAGCUUUCUGAAGAAUCUUCAGAACCGUCGGAAGAAGUUCUAGAAGAAGAGAGGGAUGGAGAGAAUGAUAGUGGUGAAUCAGAUCCUGUGGAGCAAGAUGUUAAAGUGUGUGAUAUAUGUGGAGAUGCAGGCCGGGAAGAUUUACUUGCUAUGUGUUGUAGGUGUCCUGAUGGUGCUGAACACUCAUAUUGCAUGAAAGUAGGUUCUCUUAAACUUCCCGUAGGCGAUUGGUUUUGUGAAGAAUGCAAAUUAGAGGAAGAAAACAAAAACAGAAAUACUAGCAGGCAGAAGUUUAGUACAGAGACUGGAGCUCAAAAAGGUCAAUCUUCGGAUCCAGCGGUGGUGAAAGUUUCUGGGAAAAGACGUGCAGAAGAACUAGAGUCUUCUUCAUCUUUCAAAAAACAGGCUCUUGAGACUGUCACAGGAGUAAAUAAGGAUGUUGACCGUGGGAAAGUGAAAACCAGCAACCAGUUUUCUUCUGAUUCACAGUUUAGUAAUGAGUCUGCAGAAGGGUCGCGUUCUCCUGCUACACGUCCACGGUCACAAUCUUUGAAAGGUGCUUUUUUCAAGUCCAAUUCAUUCAGUUUCCCAAAUGCAAGGGCUAAAACUAAACUUGUUGAUGAAAUUGUGCUUCAAAGGCAGAAGUCGACUAAAGAACGUCCGUCUCAUGAAACCAGAGAGAUGGGUAAAUCUAUGUCAUUUAGAUCUGCAAACUUGGGGCGUUUUGGUCCAAACACUUCGAAAGUUAAGAUGUUAUCUCCAAAUACGUCUCAUGCUCCGGAUCUUAAAAGUUCAAAGAACAAAAAAGAUCGGACAUUUGAAAGGACUAAUUCAGUAAAACUAAGUGCUUCCAGUUCUGCUGCUUUACAUCCAAAAAAUGAUAAAGUACCAGGAUCUCGCGGUGAAAAUGCCCCGGUUACUUCUGGUUCCAACUCUGAAGUCAAGCCUUUGAAGGGUGAAAGUACAAUGAUUUCAGGACUUAGAUCAAACAGCCGUUCUGCCAAUUUAAGUGCAGAAGUUCCUGCUUCUCUAGUUAACAAGCAGUUGCCAUCUUCCCCCACCAAGGUUGGAUCAUCAUGCGGUGGAAUUAUCAGUUCUAGUGAACAGAAGUCUAAUUCUUUGAAGGAAAAAGAAGACAAUGCAUCAAAAUUGGCAGUAUCUAGAGAAUCGACAAGUAAUGGUGAGGGAAUGAAGGAAACUACAACAACUAGUCAACUAGGACCUGGGUCAUUGGCAAUGAGAAACUCAAAAGAGGUGAAAAACAGAGAUAAUAAGUUGAAGGAUGCAAUUGAAGCAGCAUUGCUUAAAAAGCCUGGUAUAUAUAGGAAGAAUAGAGGUUCUGAUCAAGCUGAUGAAUUGUCUGUCUCAACCACAAGUAAUGAAGUUGCUGCUGUUGACCGGUUACCACAAUCAAGGAAUGCAGGGAGUUUGUCUUUGGCUGAGGUGUCUGCUGAUUCGCAUGGACCAAUUUCACGAAAUUCUAAUGUUGACCAUUCUAAACAGUCAAAUGGUAACAAUUCAAAGCAAUCUAUGAUACUCCCCACCGAUGCAAAGCAUUUGUCAACCGCACUAUCCAAUUUUGAUGAUGCGGCAUUGUCUUCUCAUCCAAAAAAUCAAGCUAUUCCUGAUCAAGAAUGUGUUUGGCAAGGAAGUUUUGAGAUUAAUAGAAGUGGGAAAGCAGCUGAGUUUUGGGACGGGUUACAAGCUCAUUUGUCAAUGUGUGCAUCAUCUAGAGUCUCUGAAACUGUGAACAACCUUCCCCACAGAAUUCUUCUAAAUGGGGUAUCUCGCAUUAGUGCUUGGCCAGCACAAUUUGAAAAUCGUGGUGUCAAGGAGGACAACAUUGCAAUUUAUUUCUUUGCUAAAGAUCUUGAGAGCUAUGAAAAAAGCUACCAAGUUUUGUUGGACGAAAUGAUCAGAGGUGAUUUAGCUCUUAUUGGAAGUAUCAAUGGUGUCGAACUUCUAAUAUUCCCAUCCAAUCAGCUUCCAGAAAGAUCCAAUCGUUGGAAUAUGUUGUUUUUCCUUUGGGGUGUGUUUAGAGGAAAGAAAAAGAAUUCAUUGCAUCAAGUUCCUAACUAUCCAGAAAGGAAUUGUAUUCCUCAAGUCAUCUCAACUGAUAAAAGGUCAUCUGCUCCAGAUUUAGAUAAGGAUAAAAAUGUAGAUUCCGUGUCCAAGGGAAACUUAAAGUUGGAUAAUGCCUCACAAGAAAAGAUAACCAAUAACAUAUCGAGUCCACCUGAUGCUGUUAAUGUUGUCCCAGCUGUUGCAGAUAAAAGUGCAUCAGGGCCAAAUAAGGGUGACAACCAAGACAUAGUUAAGUUUAGCAGAAACCUAGAAACUGACCCCAAAAAACGUUCAUUUAUUGACCUUUCUGAAGAUGAUGAAGUUCCUACAACAAAUCAAAUAAACACAUCGCAUGACGCAAGUAGUCGAAUGGCGGAAGGGGGAAGUAUUAGCAAGAAGCAAAAGACUGAUGUCUAUGGGCAAGAUAGGAAUCUAGAGAACGUUUCCAAUACAAGUGAACCAAAGGAGAAUGGUGAAAGGUUCUUCUUUCCUGUGGCAGGUUCAUCCGGAAGGCCUCGAAAACUUGCUUUGGAUUUGAAUCAAGAUAUAACGUGUUUAGCUGACGACACGGAUGGUAUAAUAAUGACUAGAAAGGACGAGGAGGAGGAUAAUGCGGCAUCCUCUUUAUCGCUUUCUCUUGCGUUUUUGCCUCCAGAUAAGGGAUGAAGAAGAUAGGGAGAAGGGUAAGUGCCAUUCAACUUCUUCGUUACUUUUUUUUUAGAGACAGGGUAGACAAGUAGUGAUGAUGAUAAUAGAUAUACAAGAGUUGUGAAUAAUGGUUUUGUACCAACCCAUGCGGAAGGUAUUUUUUCUUUUGUAGUUGUUUUUUGUGCUGUUUUGCUCACAAAAUGAGUUUUUUGUUCACUUUCAA